AUGUCCCUUUCAAGCAGAAUAAGUCGUUCUGCAAAAAAGCUUGUCCCCGAACGUGUCCUUAACUGGGUCGCGGCGCACCAGCUCCGGCAAGCACAGCAGAACUGGGACAACGCCAUGGCCCAAGCCGCUCGUGCCGCUCAAGCCGCCCAAACCGAGGCCGCCUCGGUGGCCUACAUGACGAGGCGCUGCCAGAUUGUCCAGACCUUUUUCGAGUCCCGGUACAACCUCAAGUUUGAGAGAUCAGUGGGCGACGGCAAUCACGGCGCUACUGGCGUCUUUCGCGCCACCAAGGCCCGGCCUGGGCUCCGGCGCGUAUCUCUGACACUAGGACCUAGACCGGCUGGUGUUGGUAGUCGCGCGGCAUCAGCUUCCGGUGGUAGCGGUGGAAGUGGAGGAGGCGGAGGCGGCGGAAGUAUUCGUACAGCUUCAGGUGGAAGCAGUCAUAGCGGCAGCAGCAGGGGGAGCGAACACUUUGACAAGUAUCUCAUCAAGUUCUCGCUCGGCUCGGCAGGAAAGGACGGAAGCGACAGACACCUGCGCAACGAGGCUCGCUGGCUGCGCAUCUUCAACGGAAGCGAGCACUUUGUCCGCACCUGCAACAUCAGCUACCUCAUGGCCCAGGGCGCAGCCGAGCAAGAGGAGGCCGACCCCAACGAGGACGCCCGGGCCGAGGCCGCGACGCCGGCCGAAGACCACAACCCCGGCCACGACAGGGUCCUCACGGCCGAGGAACAUGAGAGCUUCCGGGGCAUGAUUCCCGUGGCGGAUCAUUCCAACGGCACGGAUACUCGCCGCUGGAUUCCGUGCCUGGUCCUCGAAUACUUGCCCUUGGGCGACCUGGACUCGUUGCGACAACGUUUCAUUGAUGCUUCUAUCCGUCAUGGAACGCGACCUCCAGUUCGUCUCUUAUGGGGAUUAGCGCUUUGCAUGGUCCGUAUGUGUAUAGGAAUGGCAUAUGUUCAAAAUGUGAGGCCAGGAACCCGAGAGACGAUUCCCCCGACCGGUAGACCGGGAACAUUGGCGCACAACUCGAUCAAAGGUCCCAACAUGCUCUUGGAUGUGCUUCACCCUACUGAUGGUGAACAUGAAAUAACUCCACUGCUCAAGUUGAUCGACUUUGGUCGCACAGCGUAUAAGCCGCCAGACGCAUCUCUGCCGUACUCGGACGGCCCGGGAGCAUAUCGCAAUCUUUUUUAUAUAGGCUCGGUCCUCGCAACACUAGCCUGUCCCGAAAUACCCUUGCAGAGAGGCUGCUCCUGGAUCAGGCACGACCAGCUCUGGGAGUGGUGGGGGCCGGGCCAAGGCCGCUCACGCCUGCUCAUGGCCACGCACGCCAACAAGAUCUUCUGCUCGGACCGCCAGAUCGCCUACGACUUUCGCCUCUUUGUCGGUCAGCUCAUGUCGGCCGUGGCAGAGGGCUACCAUACCCGGGUUCGGCCCACGCUGCAGCAGGCCCUCGCCAGAUGUGAGAAUGGUUGCAACCAGGGACCUCACGAUGAAGCCCCCGAGACCCCUGAGCAGAUCCGCGAAUAUGUGAAUUACGUCGUUCUCGGUGCUAUGCCGCCGCAACAACCGCCACCGCCAGAGCAGUCUCAGCCUCAAGUUGGUCAAUAA